AUAUGCGCAUUUUAAGGUUGGCUGACCUGACGCUGAAUGAUUGGCCGAGGAGAAAUGAAGGUCAGUUCAUAGAGAUCCAAUAAGAAUGGCCGCCGCAUUGGGAAGCAAGUGUUUUCCGAAAACAAGAAAUUUUACAAUUCAGAGGAUUUCUCGAUUCGUGACAAGUUCAUCGGCACAACAGGACAUUAGCGAAGGAUGGCUUAGCAAACUUCUCGUAAGAAAAAUCGAGCCCACCAAAGAAUCACAUUCGCGGAUGCUUUCCGACAAAGAAGUCAUUUACGCUCUUCACACGCACAACAUCCGCCCUGACUCCAUUGACAAGUACCUCACCAACUACCAAGAAAAUGUGAAUCUUAUCCACUCGAAAAAAUCGGAAUUAAAUUGUGAACUUGUCGGUUCAUGGACCGUGGAAGUUGGUGAUCUUGAUCAAGCUCUUCAUCUAUGGCAAUUCACCGGUGGUUUCGAGCGUGUUGAUAAAGCACAACUUUUCUUUUCUCAAGAUGCUGACUAUCAGCGAUUAUUGAAGGAACGUGGAAAUUUCUUGAGAUCACGACACUUGCAAUAUCUUCUAGCGUUCAGUUAUUGGCCGCAAAUACUCAAACGUGAUCCAUCCAAUAAAUACGAAAUUCGAAGUUAUAGUUUAAAACCGGGAACAAUGAUCGAAUGGGGAAACAAUUGGGCCAGAGCCAUUAAUCACAGACGCAAUAAUGACGAGGCUUUCGCUGGAUUCUUUUCCCAAAUCGGAAGACUUUACAAUGUUCACCACAUUUGGUGUUACAAGGAUUUGCAGUCUCGAAAAGAGACACGUGAGAGCGCAUGGCGUUCACCAGGAUGGGACGAGUGUGUCGCCUACACUGUCCCAUUAAUUCGAGAAAUGCACAGUCGAAUUUUAAAUCCGACUUCAUUUUCUCCAACAAAGUAAACAAAUGUUUAACUCUGGUCAAUUUCUUUGCAUUUUUAUAUUACAGUAACUGAACUUCUGUAAUAUUGUAUAAAAAAAAACUUAGGGCUCAUUUUAAAUGAUAAGAAUUCAGUUUGCAAAAAGUUAUAAACAAACUUGAAUCGAAUGACAAAUGAAGUGAAUUAUGUAAAUUGAAUUUCCUACUCACCGUUGCUGUUGAAGCAUUGUGGCAUAAUUAUGUAACAUAAUAUACAUAUACGAAAAAUUACUCGUAA